UGGAGGCGCUAUCUUCCGAUGCAGCAGCGGCACCCCCGCCGCCGCCCCGGCAGUUAGUUGGCGAGUGGAUACGGAAUUAUGCUCUGCUGGACUUGUGCUGCAACAGGCACUAUAAGAGCAUUUUAGUGCAUGCACCGGGUCCCUUCUAGGGAAGAAUGGCUCUGUGCUUGCAGGAGGAGGUCUCCACCGCAUUGCAAAGGAACUUGCCGCCCGCCCCCAAAACAGUACAAAGGAGCAGCGUACACAACGGCAAUUGCAGUGAGUACCCGCCGCCUGCAUUAUUGGCUAUGCUAAUUUUUUUUCGUCCGCCGCUGGGCGUUUUCUGGGCGCAAAGCCACACGCCUAAUUUUUCUUGUCUCUGUCGCUGCCCUUCCGAUCGUGAGAUGGCGCGCAGGUGGUGCUUCUAAGCGCAAAAAAACACGACUUUGGAUUCUACUUUGUAAUGGUAACCUUAAAGCGAAUCUCACCUCACAGAUGCUUCCAGAUCACAGCCUCGUCAGCGCACUUGUUCUAUCUUCCUUAUGUCUUGGCUAGAUGUGACAGGCGGGCAUUUCAGCGGCGUCGGGUCUACUUUACAGGGCUCAUAUCAGCGCUAGACCGGACUGAGACGGUUUCUUUUUAUCCACUCCCCGCUCCUGCUCUGCCGCUACGGAGAAGGGCCCUGCAUCUCCGCGCUCGAUGAACUAAGAAAACCCCAGCCGCCGUUGGGAAUCGCUCUCUCGAACACUUUCUUCCUCGUCUUCCUCUUCGGCACGGUCUAAGAAAACCGAUCGUAGACGCCAGCGCGUGCCUCGACUCGCCGCGGUAUCGACAAAGCAGCACACUGCAAUGCGAAUGGCCACAAAUUAAUCAACGCGCUACCACUUUACAUUGCGCAGCGAGAGCCGUGGUCCCUGGAUCCAAGGAGGCCUGUGCUUCUCUCGUCUCCCCCCGUCUCUCUUUCUCCUCACACUCUUUUCUUCUUCCUCUUCUUACUUCUCGCCUCUAUUUGUACAUACCUACAUAAUCGACCUCGCCGUAUAGGCGUCGUCACUACAUACAUUCCUCACCAUGGUUGACGUGACGUUGGUGAUCCAUUGGGUCUUUAGCUGCAUCGCCAUCCUUAUUAUGACGGUUCGUCUUGUCGGCCGCAGAAUUGGCAAGCAUACAUAUACAGCAGGCGACUGGUUUACAGUGGGAGCUAUUAUAUGCGCCGUCACACGACUCGCUCUCAUCCAUGUUGUUCUGAUAUGGGGUACAAGCAACAUUUCCCCGGCGUUGCGCAAAUCGCAUACCUUUACGCCAGAGGAAAUUUAUCAGCGUGAGAUUGGUAGCAAAUUUUCCAUUGCGAACCGCUUCUUUUACAAUUCUUACUUGUGGCUACAAAAGCUCGUUCUACUUGACCUAUAUUCUAGGCUGAUUCGAGAUAUGCCGCAUUCUAUCUUGAUUAUUCGCAGCUACUUGUUUGUGUUCUUUUGCACGUACGUCACUGUGCAAGUACUCAACGUUAGCGAGUGUAAUCCGGUAUAUUUAUAUUGGCAAGUUCAGCCUGACCCAGGCCCAUGCGCAAAGGCACAGGUUCAACUUCUUGUGCUAGGGAUUCUGAACAUUGUUACCGAUUUUAUGCUGCUCGUACUACCGCUGCCCUAUGUCAUAGGACUGACGGUUCCUGUGCGCCGUAAGGUACAGCUCAUUGCCCUCUUCACCUUGGGCAUCUUCAUUAUUCUUAUUACCGCGAUUCGCCUACCAAUUAAUUCCCUCCACAAGGAUAGCCAGGACAAUAGGACCCUAUGGGCCACUACUGAGCUGCUUACCGCUGCAAUUGUUGUUAACGCAACAGCCAUUUGGGGACUGUGGAAUAAACGGCAAAGAGACAAAUCUAGCGGGAGUGGCGGCAAGACGCCGGGCGGCAGCGACCGUCAAAACAUUCAAAACCCUACGAUUGGAGGUGGAGAUGGAAGCAAUCAGCGGAAAAACAGACCGUCUGCAAAGCUAUGGUCUCUUAGCCAAACUAUGGUGUCAGAAUCGAGGGAAGGGGACAGGAUAGAGUUGAGGACAUACAAACAGAUACCCGAACAGCGAGAGCCGGCAUCGCGAAACUCAAGCCAGAGAGAUAUUCUCGAGCAUCGAGAUGAAUAAUGCCGUAAUAAUGAUGAACGAUAUUAAUUACAAAUUUUUGCCUACU